AGAAGAGGAGGCUCAGGGGCGACCUUAUCGCUCUCUACAGGCACCUUAAAGGAGGCUGUAGAGAGGUGGGGGUUGGUCUGUUCUCCCACGUGCCUGGUGACAGGACGAGGGGGAAGGGGCUAAAGUUGCGCCAGGGGAGGUUUAGGUUGGAUAUUAGGAAGAACUUCUUUACUGAAAGGGUUGUUAGGCAUUGGAAUGGGCUGCCCAGGGAAGUGGUUGAGUCGCCAUCCCUGGAGGUCUUUAAAAGACAUUUAGAUGUAGAGCUUAGUGAUAUGGUUUAGCGGAGGUCUUGUUAGUGUUAGGACAGAGGUUGGACUAGGUGAUCUUGGAGGUCUCUUCCAACCCAGAUGAUUCUGUGAUAUAUUACUAUCAGAUAUAAUAAUAUAUAUCAUUAUUAUAGAUUGUGUUAUCUGAAGCGUGGGCCAGCUAGUAGAGGGAAAUGAGACGCUCCAUGAUCUCCCACAUCCAUUUAUCCCAGCCAUCCCAGGCAUCUUUUAGGGCCUUCUGUGCUGGGGUGACUGGCUCGGUAGAGGGGAGAGCAGUGGAUGCUGUCUCCCUUGACUUUAGCAAGGCUUCUGACACUGUCUCCCGCCCCCAAAUAGAUGAAGUACGGAGCGGGUAAGUGCAAGCGGGCAAGCGGGCAAGCGUAAGUGCAAGCGUGGUGCACCCCAGGGGUUAAUGCUGGAACCACUACCGUGUAAUGUCUUCAUCAGUGACCUGGGUGGUGGGACAGAGAACACACGCAGCAAGUCUGUAGGUGGUACAAAACCAGGAGCAGUGGCUGAUAGACCUGGGAUAUGUCACCCAGAAGGACAUCAUCAGGGUGGAGAAAUGGGCUGACGAGAACCUCAUCAAGUUCAGCAGAGGGCGACGCGAAGUCAACGCACAAGGGCAACGUGAAUGAGACUGGAGAUUUAAGCCUUGUAAUCAGGGAAUCGCAGAACGGUUGAGGUUGGAAGGGAGGCUCCAGGACCCCUGGAGGUCAUCUGGGCCAACCCCCAGCUCAAGCAGGGCCACCUCAUGUAUACUGGUGUAAUACUGGAGGAUAUUUUCAUUACAUGCACAACCCGAGCAGGGAGUUUGAAGUGACCUCUAUGCACAGGUGAGACAAGCCCUGAAAACAUUGUGAAGACGGUAGUUAUUUCCUGUUUGUUUCAAUUUUUAGCUUAGCUUCUGCUUCCUGGGAAAGAUUUGGCAAAGGAAGAGAUGCUACUGACAGAACUAUCGUGAGGAGGACACAGCCACUAUGGUGGCACGAUUGUCACUAACAAGCUGCCUCAGACUAGGUCUUAGGCCUGAUUAAGAUAAUAUUUAAUGUUUUUUUUUUCCAAUGGAAAGCAACACAGUCCCCACUGCUAAAGGCAGGCUGGAGCUGGGCAGUUUGGCUGCCUUGUUCAGCAGCACCCAGCCCUCCCUGGCUCUGCUGCUGUGCCUCCAUCGUAGCUGAAGUCUGUGCUCCCUUCCCCUGCAUGCAGCCUGAACUGACUUUGGACAGAAAUCAGAAACUGCUGUGUCACUAAAAGACAGAAUAAAUAAAUACAAAGGGUUUUCUCUGCUAGAGCUGUUUCCCUCAGGAUCUGGGGGUAAAUAAACCCCAGAUGUCGAGAGCUGCCGCAGCAAACGCUCAUCUCCAGCUCAGACUCAUUUGUGUUCCUCAGCGCUGUCCCCAGAUCAGCCUGGUUUAAAAACCAGUGCACUUCCCCAGACUAAAAACGACCAUGGAGAGUCCAGACUAAAAAUGACCUUGAAGAGUUGUUCCCUCCCUAAGAUGCUGUGUUAUUUUAAGGAGGGAUCUAGUUGGCUUCCAGCCCCUAAAGCAUGGUUACAGAAAGGACAUAGCGAGAUGGUUCCCAGAGGUGCACAUCUGAAAGGACGAGGAGCCAUGGUUGGAAGUUGGAACCUGGCAAAUUCUGGUUGAAUAUAAGGACAAAAUGUCCACAAAGUGGUUAAGCACUGGAGCAGGCUGUGGCUCUGAAAUCCCCAUGAUAUUGGAUAUUUUACCUGCAAUGCUCCCUUCAUUUGUCUGAGUUAUUGUGACCUGGAAUGCGUACCGAAAUGUUAGUUAGGGCUGGGGGGUGGUUCUCGGAUGAUUUCUGUGUCCUAAAAACCCUCAAAUCCUCAGUGUGAGGAUUAGUGAUCAACGGCUAAUGAUUAACUCAGUGAUUCAGCUGUGCUUUAAUGGUAAAUGAAGAGCUUCUCUUGAGCAGCCCAUGCCUUAUUUAUUUACUAAUUUUCAGGAUGAGAACAAAAUGUGCCCACGUUAAUUUAAGAGAAAUUCAGAAUGGCACACAAUCACCGGGGCUUCAGUGCUCAUCCAGGAAAAGCUUGAAACUUCUGACAUGCAGGGGUUUGGCAGAGACCAGCUCCUGCCCACCCAGGUUUGUGUGCCCCUUGCUCAAAUUGUACAGCUCUGUGCCGAGCCCCCAUGAACAAUUUCCCCAGGGAACUGCUGACAGUGCUAGAGUAGAGAGCCCGUUCUUCAGCUCAGCGUGUAUGUGGCUGCUGCUAAUUUCACUUUCAUUAAACCAGAUUUGGAUCAAUUAAAUCUCUCUGAAAGAAGGCGGCUACGGUGCCUGCGCAGCCAUUUGGCACCGGGAUGCUCUUUGGGGACGCUGUCGGUGACGAAGAUGGUGCAAACUGAAACACCCCACAAAGCAAACAGCCCCACAGCUGCUCUCAUAAUCUCGACGCCUUGUUAAUGAUUUAUUUAUUUUUUAACACGAAGGCAAGUGUCAAAAUUGUGCGCUCCCAGUCUGCUGGCAGGGGGCAGUGUUGCUGCCAGACUACAUUUCCCAGGAGCCCGCUGUCUGCCGUGUCGCUCACCGAGGACCUUGCAGCUCUCCGGAGGAAUUUGGGCUGCUGCGGUUGCGAGCGCUGGCACUGUAGAAACAUGACCUUCAGAAAUUUGUCUCCUAACCAACCCAGAGCACAGCUGAGCUAGCGUGGCCAGGGCCGCUCCUCUUUCAGAGCCGCGCAGGGUGGCUGCCUAGCCUUGCCGCAUGUCACACGCUACAUGGUACCUGCAGAAGACGAGAAGAGCUUACCUCUUCCAGAGAGAUGGCCCCGGGCCAGCAAAUUCGCUCUGUCAGCCUGUGCGGCCGCUGUGGCAGAACUAGUGACGUUCCCCCUGGAUCUCACGAAAACUCGACUGCAAGUCCAAGGUGAAGCUGCCGCGCGUGGCAGCGGAGCUGCUGCCAGCCAGGCUGUCCCGUACCGCGGCAUGCUGCGGACGGCGGCUGGCGUGGUGCAGGAGGAAGGCUUACUGAAGCUCUGGCAAGGAGCCACUCCGGCCGUCUACCGGCACAUAGUGUAUUCUGGUGUUCGGAUGGUUGCAUAUGAACAUCUGCGUGACUCUGUGCUUGGCAGGGCUGAGGACGAAAGCUUUCCUUUCUGGAAAGCUGUUGUUGGAGGCAUGUCUGCGGGUGCCAUCGGACAGUUUUUUGCCAGCCCAACUGAUCUGGUGAAGGUGCAGAUGCAGAUGGAAGGAAAAAGGAAGCUGGAAGGAAAGCCGUUACGAUUUCGAGGAGUGCACCACGCAUUUAUGAAGAUCCUGUCCGAAGGAGGAAUUCGAGGACUUUGGGCUGGAUGGGUGCCAAAUGUCCAGAGAGCUGCUCUGGUAAACAUGGGAGAUCUGACCACUUAUGACUCGGUGAAGCACUUCUUGCUUCUGAACACGCCACUCACAGACAACAGUCUCACUCACAGCGUUGCCAGUGGCUGUUCUGGCUUGGUGGCCGCUGUCCUGGGAACUCCUGCUGAUGUGGUCAAAACCCGGAUAAUGAACCAGCCGAGAGACAAGCAGGGAAGAGGUCUGCUGUAUAAGUCUUCCACGGACUGCUUGAUUCAAACGGUACAAGGUGAAGGGUUUAUGUCUCUAUACAAAGGCUUUAUACCAACCUGGAUGCGAAUGGCUCCUUGGUCACUGGUAUUCUGGCUUACAUAUGAACAAAUCAGAAGGAUCUGUGGAGUUAGUUCUUUUUGAAAUCAUAAACCACAUUAAUAUCCACAAAACGAAGAAUAGGAAAGCUGUAUUUUCAUUCCACAAGGCAUUCCUACCCCACAAAGAACUAAUUCAUUUAGGAGAGUGGAGUAGGAUCGCAUGUAUAGAUUGCUGCCCUAAAUCCAGUCCUUCCUGGCUAGGACUAGCCAUGACUUAAGCAUGCUAGCUGCUUGGCAGACCGCUGUACGAAGGUUAAGUUAUCCGCAAGAAAAAAAUGUCACAAUAAGACUUCAACUGGCAGCCAGCAUCAGCUUUCUGGACGAGUGAACAAAGGUUAAAAAAAAAAAACUAACAAGUAGAAUAUUGUAUGUUUUGUAAUAGUGAUGAUUCCUGUAAUUAAGGACAAAAGCAGAUUGAACAAUGCAGCACUGAACAUGUGGCUUACCAGCCUACAAAAUUACUUAGAAAUUUUUGUUAUUAUUAAUUUGUUUUCACGUAGAAAAAGAACUACCUCUUUAGUAUGAUGCCUCAGCAAACCAAGUGCAGGGUGCUAGGUACUGAAACAGAUUGAAACAGUUCACCUAACUUUCAAUCUGCUUUGCACAAAAAGCAGAAGGGGCUAUGCUCCUUGUGGUUUCCUGAAUCUGUCUGACCUCUACACUCAACCACCUGAGUAACAUCCACGACUGAAAUUCAGUCCCUGAAAUCAAAAAGCCUAGGGAAGCCUAAGAAAUCAAAAGCCUAGUUCACUCUGUCCUACUUGAGGGGCUCACAAUAGGCGUGUUGUCCACAGGACAAGUUGCACUACUUGUCCUUUCAGAGUCCCAGCACUGACAGGGCAGACUGGGUCACUAAAGUACCACUUUUCCAUGGAAAUAUACACUCUGCCCUUUUUAAAUCUAGGCAGAAAUAUAAUGUUCCCUUACAAAAAAAAACGGAUAUUUGAAUAUAUAUAUUUUUUUAAUCUAAAGCUUUCCACAUUUUAUAGGAAAGAGGACUACUUCUGUUUGUCACUAGGCUUUGUCUAUGAGGAGGCAAAAAUGCACUCUAGUAGAAAUCAUAACAUAGACAGAACAAAGCUGGCUUUGAUUUAACAACACCAAACAAUGAAACGACACUACAAAAUUUGUUCUCCAAGUAAAUACUCAAGAUUUCUUCCAGACUAAACUUUGCAACCAGUCCCUCCCAGGUGCCAAUUUCUGAUUAAAACAAUCUGAAUG